ACAAACCAAACCAAACCAAGCGACACGCCAGGAAGCUCGACACGCGCAAGACGACCGCCUUGGCCUUGGGGGCGGGCGACUCACAGACCAGACGCCCGCGCGCCGACGACCCGGCCACCCAGACGCCAUGGCUCCCACGCUGCCGCGGCCGACGAUGCGCCACUCCUCCUCCUUCCUCGACCCCUCCUCGCCCGCCCCUCCCGACGACGCCAGCUCCAGCCUCGCGCUCAUCGUCCUCAACCAGCGGCUGCCCCGCUUCGCGCCCCUCCUCUGGUCGCGCGCGGCGGUGCGAGUGUGCGCGGACGGCGGCGCCAACCGCGUCUUCGACGGCAUGCCGGAGUUGAUCCCCGGACAGGAUCCCGACGAGGUCCGCGCGAGAUACAAGCCAGAUGUAAUCAAAGGGGAUAUGGACUCAGUAAGACCAGACGUGAAGGAAUAUUAUUCCAACUUGGGUACCAAAAUAGUUGAUGAGUCACACGAUCAGGACACCACUGAUUUACACAAGUGUAUAGCUUUUAUAACUGAGAAUUCACCUGUCGCUGACAAAUCUAAUCUUUGCAUCCUUAUUCUCGGGGCACUAGGAGGAAGGUUUGAUCACGAGAUGGGAAACAUCAACGUGCUUCAUCUCUUCCCAAAUACCAAGAUCGUCCUCCUAUCAGAUGAUUGCCUAAUCUUUCUGCUCCCAAGAACUCACACCCAUGACAUCCACAUUGAACCGGCGGUUGAGGGGCCCACCUGUGGACUGAUCCCCAUUGGCACACCGUCAACUAGCACCACGACCACUGGACUCAGGUGGAAUUUAGAUAAUGCCAGCAUGAGCUAUGGUGGAUUGAUUAGCACGUCAAACAUCGUGGAAGAGGACAAGGUGACGAUUGCUUCGGAUUCUGACCUUAUCUGGACAAUAUCGCUCCGGAACUGAAUCUGUACUAGUAAAGUACAGAGUACCAUUAUCUGUACCAAGGUUCCAAUUUUGUCUCAUGUAUUUCACACCGAGGAGACCUGCCUGGAUACCUCCAGAGAGGAAAAUAAUUCCGUUUCAUUCGGUGUCACAAACCUGAUAUAAUUUGAAUAUGUGAUUUGUUGGUUCUGGUGCCUGCACAAAGUUAAAUUAUAUGUAAAUGGGUUGUUGAAGUA